AUGGCGAAGCUGGCCGCCGUUGCUCUUGGAAAAAACCUUGCAAGUCGUAACGAGUUGCCUUCAUGGUUUCGCGGUCUUGUCACAUCAUCAUCUGACACUAUCCAGUACUGGGCGCAUCAACCAUGCCGUUAUUGUAUCGAACGCUAUUCGAGCUCCAGCGACCAGGAAGCUCCUGGGCCAUUCUUUUUUUGCGAAGGUCUACGUCCAGUUGAUAUUGGGAGUACACUGGCAGUGUUUUGCGAGGGUGUAAACGCAGUUGAUUCCCGCCAAGUCAAGCCUGUGGGCCCCCUCACUGGCUAUUGCAGAUCGAGCCCGUGA